ACUGAUGACACGGCUCUUUUUUUUAUUUAACAACUAUGCGUGGGCCGAGCGGUCAAGAUAUACGUCAUCACGUUUUGUGCGCGGUGGCUUCUGGGACAAACCAUAUAUGGAAGUUCAACUUCCGUCACGUUUGUCUGAAGCUGGACGUUUCCGCAGAAAGCAGUAAAAUGUGCGCCGUGCAGCUGCUGCGGGUGUCGGUCCACGAGCGGAUCAGCGCCGCCGCUGAAGACGUUCUGCUGCGGGUGGAAACGGGAGAAGAACCGGCGGAAGUCCCGGCGCUGAGAGCGCUGCUCACCGAGCGGCUCGCGGCGGCCGCGGAGGAGAUCGUCGGUGUGUUCGAGGAAACCGUGGCGGAGUACGAAGCCAGAGCUGAGCGGGCAGAGCGGGAGGUCUGCCGCCAGAGGAGGCUGCUGGAGGCCGUGCUGAAGCCCGAAGUCCGGCUGCACAGAGCAGAGUUUCUGCAGUCGGUGACCCUGAACCACACAGAGCUCCAGCCUCCAGAUGACCCUGCGGACCUGAACCACACAGAAGCUGAACGAGUCGACAGCGAUGCUUCCUGGCUGCCGACGCCUCGCUCUGCCUCACCAACCUACCACCCACCUGACUCACCAAGUAACUUGGCCGUCCACAGUGAUGGUGUUUCAGACAGCAACUGGACCACAAAGAGUCAGGCUCUGAGCUGCCCGAGGAAAAAAAAGAGAGGGCGGCUGCACAAUGGAGAGAAAUCGUACAACUGCGACAUCUGCCGCAAGAAGUUCAUCCAGAAGGGCAACCUGACAUCACACAUGCGCAUCCAUGCCACGGAGAAACCCUUUAACAGCGAGGAGGUGCACUGCUGCAGCGUCUGCGGUCAGGAGUUCAGGAAGCAGCACAGCCUGCGACGGCACAUGGCGACGCAUCAGAAUGCCGACAAACCGAAGAGAUACCGUAGCUCUGCGCCGUCCUACCGCUGUAAAGUGUGCGGGGACGCCUUCGACAAGAGGACCUUGUUGGUGAAACAUGUCCAGACUCACCUGCAGGACCCGGACUGCCGCUGCGGGCUCUGCGGACACCAGUACGAGUCCGCCGCCAGCCUCGAUGUUCACCUGCAAUCCCACCGUGAGAUCGGCUACACCUGCCAUUUCUGUGGGAAGUCCUUCCCGGCUCACACGGCGCUGGAGAUGCACAUGAGGAUCCACACUGGUGAGAAACCUUACAUCUGCAGCUUCUGCGGGAAGUCCUUCAACCAGAGCGGCAACCUGAAGACGCACCUGAAGAUCCACACCGGUGAGAGGGCGUUCUCCUGCAGCCUCUGCGGGAAGGGCUUCACACAGAGCAUCAACCUGAAGACGCACCUGAAGACGCACACCGGUGAGAGGGCGUUCUCCUGCAGCCUCUGCGGGAAGGGCUUCACCCAUAAACAAACUCUGGACACUCACGUCCGUUUCCACAACAAGGAGAGACGCUUCCUUUGCCAGGUGUGCGGGAAGGGCUUCAUGCAGAACGUGGACCUGAAGAGACACAUCCUGAUCCACACCGGAGACAAACCGUACAGCUGCAGGGUGUGCGGGAAGAGCUUCCAGGCCAGACGAUCGCUCAACGGACACCUCAAAGUCCACAACGCAGGGGGGUCAGGACCGGAGCUGGAUCAGACCUUAGAGCAGCAGAACAUGGACAGUACUGAUUUCUUAAAAUACUCCAACAGUAACAAGAGUUAAUGUGACCCGUUACUUACACCACUGAUUCUCAGUGACUAGUUUAAACUAGUAUUUCAAUAAAUCAGGUUGCACCAUUAA